CCCAAUGUUUUCAAUCCUCUGUGGGACAACAUUCAUUAUGUGAAGAUGACCCAUAAACUAGCGAAAUUGCUCAAGGGACCGAGAAUCGAGGCUGUUUGUUCAUGCUGGUUGUCCCAUACCAUAUGUUUUUGUAAACAAAAUCUGGCAUAUCUCAACUAAAAUGGUGGUCUAUCAAAUCGAAAAAAAUUUACCUGCUAAAUACAUACACCUUGCUCCCAUGUAGAUGUCUCACUAUGAAAUGGAUGGUAAUUUAUGGCCAGAAUUAGACAGAUUGCUAUCAGAUAGGUCAGAACAUGAAACACCGAUACCAUCAAAAAUAUAGGACAUGUAAAAGAUGGAAUGCAUCAACACCGGCAAUACCGAUAUUAGUCGCUAGCAUGCACGCCAAUUUCAUGUUUCUUAUUUCAAUCAAGAACCCUAAAAAAUCCGGUACCGAUGGACCUGUGUUAGAAUAAUCUUGGUUUUCGUUUGUAUCAAACUUUCAAGUGCAUGAUGUAAACGUAAUGACAGUUGAAGCUUGCAAAUAAAAAACAAAUGGAAAGAACGCGAGGUUCAUUGUUUUGCAGAAAGCUGGGCAGUGCAAGACAUAAUCAAUUUACGUAUCUUUAUAAUAAAAAUUGCUGCGGAUUUUGUGUGUUCUUCGAUACAUUACGAAAUUAAACAAACUGUUUCAUUGGUCAACCAUGAAAUAUUGUCGUUUAAGCAGACUAUAGAACGAGAACUGUGAUCGAUAACGAUUCGAAAAAGAAGAACUAAAGUUUGCCAAACAUGGAGAAGUAUGUCCUGAGCGACCUUAUUGGAGAAGGCUCUUUCGGAAAGGUUUAUAAAGCUGUUGAAAAAUCUUCAGCAACCACCGUGGCAAUUAAGAUAAUUAACAAGCGAAGUCGUUCUGGACGUGAAUUAAAGGGUUUGAGAGGAGAGUGUGAAAUACAGAGAAAUCUGAAACAUCCCAACAUAAUUCGUAUGUUGGACUCUUUCGAAACCAACAACGAAAUAAUAGUCGUUACCGAGUACGCUAAAACAGAUCUACAUAGUUUACUACGUGACGGAUCGUUAGAAGAACCUAGGACCCAGCGAAUAACGUUCCAUCUUGUAUCUGCAUUGUACUACCUUCACUCGCACCGGAUACUGCAUCGUGAUCUAAAGCCACAAAAUAUUUUGUUGGAUCGAAACAUGUGUGCAAAGCUAUGCGACUUUGGGUUUGCACGCAACAUGACAAUGGGUACCCAUGUUCUGACAUCAAUUAAAGGAACACCGCUUUAUAUGGCCCCAGAACUGCUGGAAGCGAAGCCAUACGAUCAUCACGCCGACCUGUGGUCGUUGGGAUGCAUUAUUUAUGAAAUGCUGGCUGGUGAACCACCGUUCAGUUCUACGUCAAUGAUACAUCUAGUUCGUCUCAUUCGUCACCAGUACAUCAAAUGGCCCAGCUUCCUUACGAGCAACUGCAUUUCUUUUGUUCAAGGUUUACUUGAGCGUGAUCCUUCCAAGCGCAUAAACUGGACCCAGAUCCUGAACCAUCCAUUCGUGAAAGGGCACAUCGUGACUGUGGAUGAAAAUGUGCUUCAGUCCCCUUUCACACACCCGCUUACCGCUUCGCAAUCGCAAAAAGAAAAAAACCAAACUCAAAGCACGACGCACAAAGUGGCAAGCAACAAUGCACGGCAAAAUGCAUUCGGAGAAGAAGAUCUGACCACGUCGAAGGAUAGCAUCAAAGUAAUGUUGCAGAGUGAUAUAGAGUAUCAAGAAACGGAUACGGAUGAAUUUACAAACAAUACCACUGCAGAUAACGAUUCCCCGACAAACGUGGUCAAUCAUGCCGUCCAGGAGCAGACAAACAACUUUUUCGACAUUGUAGCGGAUGCACAGCAAACAAGAAUUGUACAAUUUCUUGAAAAUCCCAAUCUCGUUGUUAAUCGGUUCUACGACAAUUUCCCCAUCAUACCGCCGCAUCGAACUAUCCCGUCGGUGUCAACCGAAAGUCUCAACACUGAUAUGUUAGAUGCUCAAGCUUUAAAAGAGUACGUAAUGCAAGGGCGUACUGGAUCCCAUGAACUAGAGAGGCGAAAGUUGAGCCAAAGCAUUGAUAACUUUUCAAUGCGUAUCGAAUCAGGCAUGCAUUCGGUUAAUCUUCAUCCUUCCACGUCCAAGAUAUGCAGUUCUUCCGUUGCGGCUAAAGAACAUCAAGAAGAAAAAGGUUUGGAUAAAAUCACACCCAGCCUGCUACCAGGUUGGGACUCCUGUGACGAAUCUCAAAAUCCUCCGAUUGAAAAUGAAGAAUGGCUCGCGUUUUUACAACGUUCCAUACAGGAAGUGCUGGAUGGUGAGUUGGAACCGUUGAAGCAACAGAAUUUUGUAUGCAUUAUCGUUGCUCCGUUGCGCAAUCGACGAGCAAGUGCCAAGGUAGUCGAGAAUGUUGCUCAUUUGCUUAGCCUGCCAUUAGCCAUCAACACACCACCAACAAUUCUGAGGGACAUAAUUAACGUUUACGGCGAAUUGAAACUAGUGCCGAACUUAGUGUACGCCUCGAAACUUCUAUGCAACAAACGGUCUAAUGAGGAUUCUUCAACAAGCGAAAGUCAACCGGGGAUGAGUUGUAAUCUAUCGAUUUGCUCUGUGCGCCAAGUUUCCACAUUGGACAACGAUGAGAUCAAAACGCUAAGAGCCGUUUAUGAUUUGAUUUGCUAUCUCAUUCAUAUGGGCGACAUGUUUUUGAAUCAAUUUUGCGACGCUAUAGAAAUUUUAGGUGCAAAAGAACUGUUUGUUAAUUUCAUUGCCGCAGCCCAUGUUAACAAUGAGUACGUUCAUCUUGUAUGUUCAUUGCUUGCGCUUCUCAACUGUGCCUUACGAGAGCUUCCAGAGAAUGCAGAGAUAAUCGAACAGAUAGUAUUUCAUGAGAAUGUCAAUCUUAUGCUGCUGUUAAAGCACGAUAACAGUUUCCUACGACUCCGUACCUGUAUGUUGCUGCGCAUAUUGGCCAGAUUUAGUUGCUUAGCGCUGCAGAAACGGUGGACUAAUGAAAUAAAAGAUCAUCUAGAAGAACUUCUUUUGGACGACAACCUGGAUGUGAAAAAGGAAGCAAAGAGUGCAAUGGAGGAAUUUAAAUACAUCAGUUGUGUUACUGCUGAAACCUGCUGACUGACACUUAAACAUACAUUACAUUCAUAUUUCAUAUCGCAAGACCCAUCGUUUCCAAUUGUGCCUUGUACGUACAUCGCUCCAUUCCCACAGUAUGCUAUACUAUUUGUUAAUCUAACAAUACACCAAUACGCGAUAUCGUGAUCGUUUGUACGUUAAUCAACGAAAAGAAUUUGAAAUAUUUUUUUAUACAAACAUUCAUCUAAUUUAAGCAAUGACCGUGCUAGAAUAAAAGAAAACAUGUAAUUUGAAGUAACACAUAAACAUACAUUUUUGCUACUUUACUGCAUGCUAACGUUCGCUAAAGGUGUGGCACAAUUUCAGUUACACAUUAUACAUUUUAACGAAUUCUCUUAUCAACACUUAGUUGACGGGCGCUUAUAAUCCUGCUGCUGCUGGCUGCUGGGAAGCUGCUGGUAUCAUAGGCCUCUUUUUGAUCACUUGUUCUUAAAUAUUUUUUUUUAUUCAUAAAGAACGGCCUGGCCGUAUUGUUUAAAGCUAAAUUACAAAUAUAAGUACAAUUCACGAUGGUUUGGAAACAUUUCCUUCUGCAAACCGUGAAAGGGCACCUUAUCCCGGGUGCGCUCGGUUAGUUCUUAAAAUUUGAACAUUUACAAAAAAGUAAUGUAAACUCGAGAAAGUAAAGUAAGACCUCGAGACAGCUUCGGACUGCAAUUUAUGGCAGCUUUGGUUUGAUUUUCCUCGUAGCUGGUAAGUCUGUGCUUGCUACGGGAUAACGCCCUACACCAGUUCCUGUUGUGUGAAUAACCGUGUGUCCGCAGUGUCUUGGCCAUUGAACUGCACUGCAGCAUUAUGUAACGAAUGAUUAACUUUAUGUUUGUUAUUAAAUUAUUCAAUGGUUUUUACAUGGCCUAUAACAGCAUCUAACUCUGCUUAUUGGAAUCAUGGUUUCAUUAUUAAAUUGAAGCACUGAUCCAACCCCGGGUAAACCUUGGACUGAAAAUCAAUCAGAAGUUCAACAUGAUUAAGGCUGAAACGAUUUCGGUUACGGGUUAUUUAUUAUACUUUGUUUUACAUCGGUUAUACUUGGUUUAGUCCAAAACGCACUCAGCGAAUAUCCACACGCGUUUGCCCGCUGUUGUUAAAUCAGCUUCCUAAUUUUUGGCGUUCCUACGAGACAUGUAAGUGUGUGGUUUUGGAAAAAUACGUUAACAUCCUGUUUUCGUCUGCAGUGUGCUGAAGUCUGUGUAGUCUUUUGCCAGAGUUUUACCUCAAACAGCAUGUGAGGUUUUAUCAGGCAUGGCCGUGCUUUAGAAACCCUAUGUGUCUUUAAAAAA